AUGCCUGAAAUUGGCGAAGUCGCUCGUAUCGUCAACUACAUACAUAAACAUCUUGUCGGGAAGACAUUGGCUAAAGUGAAAGCCCAGCACGAUGAGAAUGUCUACGGCAAGGUGGGAUGUUCAGCUGAAGCAUUCGAGAAGGCUUUAACGGGCAAGAAGGUUGUAGAUGCCAAACAGCAGGGCAAGUACUUUUGGAUGGUUAUGUCAUCACCUCCGCACCCCUUAAUGCACUUUGGAAUGGCAGGCUGGCUCAAGAUCAGGGAUGAAGAAACAGCCUACUACAAGCCUGCAAAGCCCGUAGAAUCGCCAGACUGGCCGCCUAAGUACUGGAAAUUUGCACUCGAGACCGCUGAAGAGCCAAAAUGCGAAGCUGCAUUCGUUGACUUGCGGAGAUUUGCAAGAAUUCGACUCAUCGACUGUGCUGCUGAUCAAAUACGGAAUGUCUCGCCGCUUCUGGAGAACGGUCCUGAUCCCGUCAUUGAUAAGGGUAUUGUGACAGAGGAGUGGCUAGCUGAAAAGCUAGGAAGCAAACGAGUUCCAGUCAAGGCACUUCUGUUAGAUCAAGCAAAUAUUAGUGGUAUUGGCAAUUGGGUUGGGGACGAAAUCAUGUACGAUUCGAGAAUUCACCCCGAACAGUACAGUAACACCCUGACUCCUGCCCAAAUCAAACAACUUCACAAAUCCAUCCACUACGUUUGCUCUUUCGCUGUGGACAAUCUGGCAGACUCUAGCAAAUUUCCCGAGGAGUGGCUCUUCAAACAUCGAUGGGGUAAAGGAAAGAAAGACAGCUCGACAACCUUGCCCAACGGUUUGAAAUUUGUCUUCCUAACAGUGGGAGGGAGGACCAGCUGCGUGGUCCCGAGCGUGCAGAAGAAGACAGGACCGGUGGCGGGAGACGUCAAGAAUGAAGCGGACACAGAAGAUGCGGAUGGUGAAAAGAAAGCGAAACCGAAGGGCAGCAAGAAGGUUUUGAACCCCAAGGAAGUGGAGACAGACGAGAUAGAGGUCGAGCCAGCGAAAAAAGGCUCAAAAGCAAAGAAGCGUACUCUCAAGACAAAAGACGAAGAGCCUACUGUAAAUAGCCACGAGCCCAAUGAGGAAGCGAGCAAGCCGGCGAUCAAGAAGCGGAAAUCGAAUAACAAAGCCGACACCAAUGGAGCUAUGGAGCCGAAGAAGCCGAGCAAGGCAAAGGCUGAUACAAAUGGAAACCAUGGUGAACCGGAACCCGAGAAGACUGAGCGACGGAGGUCUGGUAGGGUCAGCGGCAAGGCUGCCUGA